AACAAGCAACCCAUUUCUUAAUUUCCCCUCUCCCAAUUAAACAUGGCCUCCAUUGACAAGAAGGUGACUGCUGAGUUUCUCCCAUUCUUCCGGGUCUACAAUGACGGUUCCGUUGAGCGGCUACUGGGCUCCCCAACUGUCCCUCCCACGCCUGAAGACCCUCAAACAGGAGUCUCAUCAAAAGACAUCACCAUUUCCCAAAAACCCGCCAUCUCCGCCAGGCUUUACAUCCCAAAACUUACCCAACCCAACGAAAAAUUUCCCAUCUUGGUCUACUUCCACGGCGGAGCCUUUUGUGUCGAAUCCGCCUUCUCCUCCGACCACCAGCGGUACCUCAACAGCUUGGUCUCUCAAGCUCAAGUCCUCGCCGUAUCAGUGGAGUACAGGCUGGCUCCCGAGCACUCUCUCCCUAAUGCUUACGAAGACAGCUGGGCUGCCUUCCAGUGGGUGGCAGCGCACUCGAUUUACAAUGGCGGGGUCGGUGAAGACGCUAAAGAGAAAUGGCUGUCAGAUCACGGUGACUUUAAACGAGUUUUUACUGGCGGUGACAGCGCAGGCGCCAACAUUGCGCAUAAUAUAACCAUGCGAGCCGGGGCUGAGAAGGUGAAUAAGAUUGGAGGCAUCAAUAUUUUAGGAGCUUUUCUUACCCACCCUUUAUUCUUUGGUUCAAAGCCAAUCGGAUCGGAGUCGUGUGAAGGACAUGAGAAGUCAUUGGCGUGUUCGCUUUGGGACUAUAUGUAUCCCGGAGCACCCGGCGGCGCCGAUAAUCCGCUGAUGAAUCCGGUGGGUCCGGGAGCGGCGAGCUUGGCCGGACUUGGGUGUUCUCGGUUGCUCGUGACGGUGGCUGAAAAGGAUGGGCUCAGGGAUCGGGGUGUUUUUUACUAUAAUGCGGUGAAAGAAAGUGGGUGGGGAGGAGAAAUGGAAUUGAUUGAAGUGGAGGGAGAGGAUCACGCCUUUCAGAUUAUCCAUUUUGGAACUGAAAAUGCUAAGAAUUUGAUCAAAAGGUUGGCUUCUUUUCUCCUCAUUUACACAUAA